ACGUUUUGCUGUACAGGUGUGUGUCAGGUCCGUGCGUACAUCAUGACGCAAUACCGCGCUCGCGCCGCCCUCCUCUGACAAAAUGGCAGCCCUCAUCGGCAGACUGUUCAGGACUUCUACAAAGGUUGCAGUGAAUGGAUUCACUGCAGCCUGUCAGCGUGGGGCCUCUGCCAGGAUCCUGACAUCGCCUGCACUUCAGACGGCCUGUUUCUCUACCACAGGCUCCAGAUGGGCUGCUGCUGUUACUCAGCCGGCUCCUGCUUUCAAGGCCACAGCUGUUUACAAUGGAGAGUUCAAGGAUCUGAGUCUUGCUGAUUUCAAGGGCAAAUACCUAGUCCUCUUCUUCUACCCACUGGAUUUCACCUUUGUGUGUCCAACAGAGAUCAUCUCAUUCAGUGACAAGGCCAAUGAAUUCCAUGAUGUCAACUGUGAGGUCGUUGGUGUGUCUGUGGACUCUCAUUUCACCCACCUGGCGUGGAUUAACACCCCACGCAAGGCUGGAGGCUUAGGCAACAUCCACAUCCCCUUGCUCUCAGACUUGAACAAGCAGAUCUCCAGAGACUAUGGGGUACUGCUAGAGGGCCCAGGGAUCGCACUCAGGGGCUUGUUCAUCAUUGAUCCCAACGGUGUGGUGAAGCAUAUGAGUGUCAACGACCUUCCCGUGGGCCGUAGCGUAGAUGAGACACUGCGUCUGGUGAAGGCGUUCCAGUUUGUGGAGACCCACGGUGAGGUGUGUCCAGCCAGCUGGACCCCACACUCCCCAACAAUUAAACCAACACCUGAAGGAUCUAAGGAGUACUUUGAAAAAGUCAACUAAAGUUCUUCAAAACUGAUCUAAACAGCAAAUGGUACCAAGCUAGCAAUGUAUACUCCAUAAAGUUGUUUUUACUCUUACAGCUAAAUACAAUAUUCAUUACAAAUGAUUUGCCAGACUUGUCUAGUAAUCUUAUUUAAAAAAAAUCGAAUAAAGUCACCUUUCUUCCGAGA